UUGGGAUCCGUUAUAACGGCCCCCGUUAGCUCCCCUCCAUUAAACCGUCCUAGGGCCGAAAAGGAAUGUUGCUUCAGAUGAGCCACAUACACCGGCCGACGUCCUCUCGUAACCUGGUGCCUGUGCUAGUAAAUCGUGAGAAGAACCAGUUGCCGUUGUCGGCAAGAAUGGAGACAGGGUCCACUCGUCCGUGAGAGACAUGCGAGAAGUCCGUUACUCGGGCGCAUGAAUAACUGUAAAUCAAGCUCGACGAUAUUAUCAACGAAUGGGAAACGUCCUUGCCGGAAUGUCAACAAUGGAGCUAAAGGACAUCGACGUCUCGUGUGCUAACUCUGUUCACUCCGACGAAGGUGCGUUGAGCGGUCACCUAACGACGCCGCCGACGGAUUUCGAAGAGGAUGGCAUUACUACAGAGCAGCUGGAACAGAUAUGGAGUUGGAAUACUCCUGUCCCGCCGACCUUGAAGACGUGUAUGCACGAAUUGGUGACGGAGCAAGCAAAUAGGGAUCCUAGUCGGCCGGCUGUCACCUCGUGGGAUGGCGCGUUCACAUACGGCGACGUCAACUCGAGAUCAGACCAAUUCGCGGCCCAUCUCGUAUCAGUGGGUGUUAGAGUAGGAUCAGUUGUGCCGUUAUGUUUCGAGAAGUCGAGAUGGACGGUUGUGGCAGUGUUAGCUGUUAUGAAAUCUGGAGGUACCUUCGCGUUGAUGGAUCCAAGCCAACCCGAAGGGAGGUUACGCACUAUCGUCGAACAAACCGGCGCAUCUAUCAUUGUAACGUCAAGGCAGCAGGAGAACCUCGGUAGUCGCAUUGCGCCUAACGGAACGCGAAUCACACUAUGCGAAGAGAACUUCAGCAGCUAUGACACCUCUUCAAGCUUACCCUCCGUACCAGCAAGUACGAAUUUAUACAUACAGUUCACAUCGGGAAGCACGGGGAAGCCGAAGGGUUGUGUAGUCACACAUGAGAACUAUUCCAGCGGAGCGGUGCCGCGCGCGGAUAUAGUCGGAUAUCGCGCUCAUUCCCGGGUUCUCGACUUUGCAUCGUACGCCUUUGACGUCUGCAUCGACUGUAUGCUCUGCACAUUGUCAGUCGGAGGCUGUUUAUGCAUCCCCUCGGAUGCCGAUCGGGUGAACGACUUAAGCGGUGCUAUACGGAAGAUGAACGUCAACAUGGCUCACAUGACGCCCUCGGUUGCCCGUGUUCUUGACCCCGAUAUCAUACCUUCGCUUGAAGUGCUUGGUCUGGGAGGAGAGGCCAUAUCUGCAGGCGACGCGGCCGCUUGGAGUCGCCACGCAAAAGUCGUUAACGCCUACGGUCCUUCGGAGUGCACCGUAGGCUGUGCUGUGAACGGCGAUGUUGGAUCUGAAAGCCAUAAACCUUCCGUCAGCAUCGGUAGGGGCGUCGGAGGAUCGCUUUGGAUUGUCGACCCUUCCGACCACAACAAGCUCGUGCCCAUAGGCGCGGUUGGUGAACUUCUAGUGGAGGGGGCUAUAGUAGGACCGGGAUAUUUGAAUGAUCCCGAAAAGACGGAUGCGGUGUUCAUCAACAAUCCAAAGUGGCUCCUUGCUGGGAGCCCGCAACAUGAAGGCCGUAAGGGGCGGUUAUACAAGACUGGUGAUCUCGUAAGGUAUGAUCCGGACGGAACAAUCAUCUUUGUCGGCCGAGGAGACCAGCAGGUGAAGUUGCGCGGACAAAGGAUUGAGUUGGCGGAAAUCGAAUACAACAUGCUCGACAAGCUACCUCCGGGAACCCGUGUCGCCGCCGAAGUCAUCCGACCUGGCGGUCCUGCGGGCGAACCGACCUUAGUUGCGUUCGUCGCCGAGCGAGCAGGCCUUGUGUCAGAAUCAGAAUCUCUUCUAGGAUCUCUGCCCCCUCAGGUCCUAGAUUCUCUUACGAAUAUGAACAAGGCCCUUUCGGAAAACCUACCCAUAUACAUGGUGCCUGCAGCAUACAUCCCGCUACAGGUCAUGCCCCUAUUAGUAUCGGCGAAGACUGACCGCAAGCGCCUCCGAGAACUAGGCCAUUCUUUAAGCCGAAAAGAUAUUGCUAAAUUUACGGCGGCGAUGGUUCCUAGAAAAGAGCCCUCAACCCCAUCGGAGAAGAGCCUAGCCCAGUUAUGGAGUCAGAUCCUAGGUCCGGAGGUGGAAAUCGGCGCCCACGACAAUUUCUUUAACUUAGGAGGUGACUCACUUCGCGCAAUGAAGCUAGUGGCUGCUGCGAGGACGCAAGACAUCUCUCUCACCGUUGCUGAUAUUUUCGCCAACCCAAUGCUCUCGGAUAUGGCCCUGGUCGCAAGACCCGGGUCUGGCGAAACAAGUAUCGAGAUCCCGCCUUUCUCUCUUCUCAGCGAUCAAUGGUCUGAAGAGUCAGCUCGAAAUGAAUGUGCCGCAUUCUGCGGCGUUGAUCCAUCAAUGAUCGAGGAUAUCUACCCAUGCACACCUCUACAAGAAGGUCUUAUGGCUUUGUCUGCUAAGGUUAGCGAAGCCUAUGUCGCGCAACGUGUGGUUGAACUUGCGGACGAGACGGCAGUGCAGAAACUCGCAAAUGCCUUCAAGUUAGCGUCAAAGGACUGUGCAAUCCUCCGAACGAGAAUCGUUCAGGUGCCAGGCCAGGGAUUAAUGCAAGUAGUUGUCAAGGAUGACUUCGAUUGCAAGACAUUGUCCGGCCAGAACCUCAAUGAUUAUCUAGUUCAGGACCGGAGCGACUCCGUUCAACUCGGCAAACCCCUUGUUAGAUACGGAGUAGUUGUCAAUGAGCAAUCUACAGGAAAAUCGCAUUUCGUCUUGACAAUGCAUCACGCUCUCUAUGAUGGCUGGUGUAUGCCUCUAAUCGUUGAACGGGUUAAUCGAGCGUAUAACAACCUUUCCACUGAGAGACCUGCUGAUUUCAAGCACUUUAUCAGCUACCUCGGCAAUAUGGACAGCAAAGAAUCAGAGUCUUUUUGGCGAGAAAGGCUAGAUGGUGCCAAUGGAGAACAGUUCCCUACUCUCCCCUAUUCUGGCUACCAGCAGCAAGCCGACUCCCUCUUGGAGCACUACGUACAUACCGGAAAGCCUAAUAGCGGAAUGACGAUAGCUACGAUUAUCCGGGGAGCUUGGGCGCUUCUGGUCUCAAAUUACAUGGCAUCCAACGAUGUCGUAUUUGGUGAGACGCUCACUGGUCGCAACGCCCCGAUCCCGGGAGUUGAAGAGAUUGAAGGGCCCAUGAUCGCUACUAUACCAGUCCGAGUAGCCGUCCACCCUAAUGCAACAGUAUCAGAGUACUUGCAAGAUAUACACGAUCAAUCAGUCGCUAGCAUUCCCCAUGAACAUUUCGGUCUGCAGCAUAUCAGACGCCUAAGUCCAGAUGCUCGAGAGGCAUGUGAACUGAGGACAGGUCUAGUAUUGCAUCCCAGCACAGACGCCGAUGCUGAUGCAUCGAAAGAUAGCCAACCAGCGGACUGCUUCGUUCCUGCCGGAGAUGCCGAGGCGGCAGAGGAGGCGCUCAAGUUUAACACUUACGCUCUGAUGUUGGUGUGCUCCCUGGACCCUCAAGGCUUCUUAAUUAUGGCUAGCUUCGACUCCAAGACCGUGACGAGCCCGCAAAUGGAGAGAAUGCUACACCAGCUUAGACAAAUCACACAGCAAUUCAUCGAGAACCCGGACAUCAAAUGCGGCCAACUUCAACUUCUAACCGAGGCAGACACAGCUGAGCUCACCCGUCUCAGCAAGAUUGGCGCGGAAAGCGAAGCUGUUAAAAGUUUACUUCCGGCAGAAUCCAAGGCAUCGGAAGCGUGGAUCAUUGACCCGACUGAACCUAAUAGGUUACUCCCUGUCGGUGCUGUCGGGGAACUCCUGAUACGAACCUCGAGCAACCCAAGCUUAGAAUCAGUACCAUCCCCUAAAUGGGCUGAACAAAGCUACGACGGUCAACUGUAUAGAACCCACAAGCUCGCAAAGUAUGAUGCGAAUAAUGUAAUCACCUUCAUCGAACGGACAACCCCCGUGAAGGAACCCGCUGCUCCGCGACAAAAGCGCGUAUCGGCCACUUCAGCAAAGCAAAAGAGCCUACGACAAACCUGGAGCCGGAUUAUAGCCAUCGAGGAAGACGAUAUCGGGCUAAACGACAGCUUCUUCCAGCUCGGAGGAGACUCGAUCGGUGCCAUGAAACUUGUAUCCGAGCUUCGUGUCAAAGGCCUUGAGAUAACGGUGCCUGAAAUAUUCCAACACAGGACGUUGUACGAUAUGGCCAAAAUUCUACGAGAAAGAGAACAAGUACCAGUCGAGUCCGAGGAAGCACCUCCAUCACCAUUUUCGCUGCUCGACGUCCCAGACGUAGAAGCCUUUAUCGCAGAAACAGUCCGACCAGUCCUUCCUCAAGGCGACCUCGUGAUCAAAGACAUCCUACCAGCGCGGCCGCUGCAACAAGUCGCUGUCAAGGGCACAGUACAGCUCCCUCGCUUCUCCUCGCGAUACGAACUCUUCCACCUGGACGGGCACGUAGACAAAGCCCGGCUCUUCUCCAGCUGCCGCGACCUCGUCGCCCGCAACGAAGUCCUGCGCACGGUCUUCGUCGAGAGCGGCUCGAAGUGCUUCGGCGUCGUGCUCGAAUCCCUGCCUGUCGCAAUCGACGAGUACGAGAUCGAAGGGGACCUGAACUCCUUCGUGCACAAGCUGUGCGACCUCGACGUGCAGACGAAGAUGCCUCUCGGCUCCGCCUUCGUAAAGUUCUUCUUCGUGCGCGGCGAGGGCGCCAAGAGCUGCCUCGCCUUCCGCAUCUCGCACGCGCAGUACGACGAAGUCUGCCUGCCGGCCCUGAUCCGGCAGCUCGCGGCGCUGUACGAUGGCGUCACGCCGACGACGACGACCCCGGACUCCGUGCCCUUUUCGUCGUUCGUGUACCAUGUCGUCAACAAGUGCAUCCCGCGCAGCAUCCCGUACUGGAGGGACCUAUUACAAGACAGCGAACUGACGAUCCUGCGCCCGGACCUACCGCUGACUUCCAGAGUCCCCGACGCUAUCACGCGCACGGUCGACAUCUCGGCGCGCUCGAAGGACAUCACCAUCGCGACGCUGCCGACCGCCGCCUGGGCCCUCUGUCUCGCGCGCCGGCUCUCGCUCCGCGACGUCGUCUUCGGCGAGGUCGUGACGGGGCGCAACAUCGACCUGCCGCACGCCGACGCCGUCAUGGGUCCCACGUGGCAGUACGUCCCCGUGCGCGUGCGCUUCGACUCCUCCUGGAAAGCGGUAGACCUAUUACAACACGUGCAGAACCAGCAUAUCGAGAGCGCGCAGCAUGAGGGUAUGGGGCUCGAGGAGAUCGCGCGCGAGUGCGUGCCGAAGUGGCGCGAGAAGGGGGUUAAUUGGUUCGAUAGCGUCGUGCACCAGGACGUGUACCAUGUCGAGGAGCUGAAGUUCGGUAUCGGCGGCGAGGGGGCCGAGGGCCGGCUCGAGACCGUGUACCCGCAUUACGAGCCGCUGCGCGAGUGGAAGGUGCAGGCUUUCGUGAAGGGGGAUAGCCUGAUGUUCGAGAUCGUCACGUUUAGGGAUUGGAUCCCGGUUGCGGCCGAGCUGCUGGAUGAGCUGGAGGAGAUUAUGGGGUUGUUGGUAAGGAGGCCGAAUGAGCGGCUUUUUGAAUAGGGUGGGCUUGGAUACCUACCUGUACCUGGUAAGGGGGUUAGGAGAGAGGACGAGAACGUAUAACGAAGUUCGAGUAAAUAUUCAUUUUUGUAUUGUUCAGUCUUUCUUUUUGUAGUGUUUGGAAUAUGUUACAUAGAUGUUAUUCUUUACCAUGUUAUAGGUAGGUAGGUAAUUGUAUGUAUCUCAUGUUAUCUUAUGGAAUACUGCUGCCGCUA